ACGGGUUAAAACUAUCUUGAGCGAGAAACUUGGAACAAGCUACGAGAGCGAGGGAUCUCAAAUCACAUCUGCUUCACGACGUAAAUGCGUGAGCAGGGAGCACGCUGCUCGAGUGUUCGUCUUUCUCUUUACUUCCUUGUUUCUUCCUAUGUUCAAGGUUGAAAUCGUGACUCGUUCAAGUUCAACAACGCGGUUGCACGCACGCAACGGAUCUCGGUUCACAAACAACUCUUUCUCGUUCGUCGUUCUUUUCUCAUCUUCGUUGUUCGUACUCGCGGAACUCUUUGCGUUGUCAACUGUGACUAGAGCUAAGGUGGCGAACACAGUUACACUCGAUGGAUUCAUUCUCUUCAUACAUUGGAAUAUGGAUAUUCGAGUCGAUAUCUAUAUCCAUCUUCGAUAAGGAGUCAUGAUUUUAAUUGAGAAUCGUCGACUCAUCUUGAUCGAUUCUCGAUUCAUCGAGAUCCAUCUUAUUCAUCGAGAUCCAUCUUCCAUUCAUCACGCAAUUUGUCCCUUCCGCUGUUGCUGCCCUCUCGUCAACCGCACAGGUAUCGCUUUUUCGGCCCGGCAUCCCGGAUCGACCAACCACAAGUGCAGUGCGACACAAUGCCCACCACGACAUCAAGGAUUGCGACAAGACCACAAACAUCCUACUCUCACCGGCUGCACGCUUCGGCGGGGCAAAACGGUGGACACCUAGGCGAGGCACGGGAGGGGGCGCCCCAGGGCGGGGGUCCCCCAAACAGGUAUAGUUCUACUCUAUUUCCCUGUGGCGCUGCAUGGCAUGGAAUGCAAAAAUACAACGCUGGUCCCGGUGUUCUUCCUCCCCUCAAUUCCCAGGUCAACCGGCACUACACGGCCAACGGAUGGACCGGGCGGCCAGGGGACGACCGGGGCGGCGGCUGGCGAUGCCACGACGACUUCUACGCGCGGGACAUUGAUGCCGAUCGCCACUUGCCGGAGAUACGGAAUAACCGACUGCACGCGACAGCGGGGCAAAACGGUCUACACCUAAGCGACCAAGGGGCGGGGGCUCCCGGGUGCGGGGGCUCCCAGAACAGGUAUAAUUCAACUUCGCAUGGCUGUGGUCCUUUUUGGAAUGUCGAGGUCCACCACUCUCAUGCUGGCGCGUUUGCUUCCCUCCCCUACAACACCCAGGUCCACUACCACCAUGCGGGGCGAUCCAAUCCCGGGCGGUGGAACACGACCGCGCAACCGGCAACGUGGUGGUGACCGAGCGGAAAGAUUGGAAUACGACUUGCAAAGUCUGCUGAUCGACGAUCCGAGAUGAAAAGAGAAACAGAUGAUCUAAAAGCUAGCACGCUGCUGGCUCCAGCUGCGUCCAAAAAAAAAAGAAACAACUUGAAAUUUCGACUUUCGUAUGAAUCCAAUUGAUAUCUUGAAGAACAGGUUUAUUUUUGGGAUGAUCAAACUUCAAGACUUAUCCUGCUGACAUAGGAGCUACCAUUUUGGUGGCCCCAGCUGAGUUUAUUCAGAAAAAAGUAAUCUUGAAAUCUAGAUUUACUUUUGCCAAAAACAAAGAACUACGAUCGACGGAUCUAUUUUUUUUACUAAAAUGCUGUUGUUGGAUUUGAAUUUAGACGACUUGUUGACCACGAACAGAUAAAUCGUCUUGUUAUUAUUUCUCAUGAAUAGAUGUUUAUUUAAGUUUUUCAGUUUGAGUUGGUUCUGACAUGGAGGAUCACUACUGCGACAAAAAUGGGAUUGCAACGGAACUUUUAGGGCCUUGAACAUUUGACGCCAUGCCCUGGCAUG